AUGUCGGAAGAUUUUCUGGACAUUGCUCACAAGAAGUUCUCUUACGUCCUGAUUCCGGCGGAUAUCGAUGAGGAGGUUUUGGUAUUUGACUUCGAGGGCCGUGAGGGUGAUUUUCAGAGGAAGUUGAAGAUGCAUUUUUCGGAGGAGAAGCUAACUGAGAAACAGAAGCAGAUGCUGACUCAGGAUUUGAUCAAGACCGCGCAAGAGAAAAUCGAUUCGGAAUCCAAGUCUGCUGGCCGUGUGGAGGACAAGUUCGAUAUGAGUUCGCUGACUGACCAGGUUGAGAACAAUUACCAAAUUAUUCCGCUCACUGUUCCGACCAAGGAUAACAAACACAUGUGUGUUAAUGCUUACAUUGACAACGUCGGAAGAGUGAAAGGAAAGGCGCUCAAUAGUCGAGCCUCACGUAUAACAUCUGACGACAUUCGCGGUGAUUGCUUCUUGUCUAGGUCGUUUGAUGAUGAGCAAGAGUUUAAGAGACUCGACUUCGGCUUUGAUGAUUACCAACAAUUGCUGACCAAUCCACCCGAAAAAAAAGGUCGAUGGAACCCCGAAGAUGCCCUCAAGCAACUCCAAACGCCAGCCGUGCCAACUGCUUCGCUAGAUAAAUGCUCCAAUUGCUUCAAAACGAAAAGCGAGUCCGGCGUACCAAAGCUCUUUGUCUGUGGCCGGUGCAAGAAAGCCGCGUACUGCAAUGCCGAAUGCCAGAAGAAGGACUGGGUCUAUCACAAGAGGAUCUGUAAAUCGUAA